AUGGUUAAUUAUACAUAUGUUCGGUUAUCUUUGGAUAUCCAUUCGGGUUCGGGUAUUACCCGUUCGGGUUCGGAUAUCCAAUCUCUCCUAAUUCAAUACCCGUUCGGAUAUUUUGCUAUUUCGGUUCGGAUUUCUCGGAUCGGGUUCGGGUGCGGCUUCGAAUAUCGGAUAAAGUGUCCACCCCUAAGGUACCUGUUAUAUUUAUUUUUCUUACAUAUAUGCCCCCAAGUUUAUUAUAUUUCUUUCAAUAAUUGCUUUCUUUGUCAAUUCUAACUAUAAUAUCUUUUAUUUGGCUGUUAUUUCUAGUAAUAGUGAGGAACUGAUUUGAGCCAACCCAUAUUAUUUGGCAAAAACUGUUUAAACUUAUAGGAUUUGUUAACUGUCCAAUCACAUUUACUUCUGUCUCCAUCUCAAGAUCACAUGCUUCGAGUUAUGUCUUCUCACCCGUUCUUUCCAACCCAAGAAUCUCUUUUGUUUUGUCUGAGGUGAUUGAUCUCUCGAACGUGUGACAUACAUAAGUAUACAGUAAUUAUAAUAUACAUUUUUUUUUUACUUUCCCCAACAUAGAUUAUACUGCAAUCAGAUGUGAGAAACUUUGUUAACUUCCACCAAAGAGCAAAAAGAAAAUAAGUUGUACUGUUUAGAGUGGAGAGAAGAUUAGUAUGUAAUACACAAUAAAGCACAAAGCACCAGUGGUCUAGUGGUAGAAUAGUACCCUGCCACGGUACAGACCCGGGUUCGAUUCCCGGCUGGUGCAUUUUUUGAUAGUUACAUAUUUAUUGUGAGCCACGCUACUAACUGCAUUUGGAGGUACUUUUCAGUUAGUAAUCAGUAACUACUUGCCUUCGCAGAGGGGAUAUGUUGGAGGAACCUUUGGUGUUUUGUUUUGCGAUAAAGGAGUUUAGACUUGUAUGUUACCGUAAAUUACAAGGUACAGACCCGGGUUCGAUUUCCGGCUGGUGCAUUUUUUGAUAGUUACAUAUUUAUUGUGAGCCACGCUACUAACUGCAUUUGGAGGUACUUUUCAGUUCGUAAUCAGUAACUACUUGCCUUCGCAGAGGGGAUAUGUUGGAGGAACCUUUGGUGUUUUGUUUUGCGAUAAAGGAGUUUAGACUUGUAUGUUACCGUAAAUUACAAGGUUUUAACUGCUGACAUACUUGCAUGUUUCGACUUUAAUCAAAGAUGGAAAAGAUUCUACUAACAUAUAUUAACGAAUGUUGUUUAUAAUUUUCGGUUGAUGAAUUGGAAAAAGUGGCUAAUGAGUAAUGCACUAUUACUAACUAUAAUCAUAUCCACGUAAACUGUAAGAACACGAGCAUUAAGUGAAAGUCACAUGCACACAAUAUCCUAGUUGCAUCAUAUCAGACGAUCUCUCUCUCUCUCUCGUGUGUACAAAAUCCGUAAGUAAAUUAUAUUAAUUCUUUUGGCUAGUAAAUCAUUAUUGAACUUCUGAUAAUCUCCUCAGGUGAUUUGAAUCCUAGCUAGUCUGUACCAGCUACAGACUCAGUCUAUAUAACCAAAUAUUCCUAAGCCACCUAAGCAAAUCCAGCACAAUCAAUCAGUUUUAAGAGCUUUUGUGUUUUGUUUUGUCAUAAAGGGAGUUUUUAUAGCUUUUAAUUAUGUUAUUAACAAUUAUACUAACAAAAAUGCCCUCCAAAUACAUUAAUGGCAUUAGCAUUUGUCGGUACACCUUUACCGGCAUUUGCCGGUUUGCCCGUUCUCCUCACGUCACGACAAACAGCGGCAGUUCCAAUGUCCGGCGUUCGGCGGAAGAACUUAUUAUAAAUGUUUUCUUCUCAGUUGAAAGAUUAAAGAAAGAAAGAUGAUGGAAUAUAAUAGUUAAUUAAUUGAGUUAGCUUUGAUGAAACUCCAGAAAUCAAACGUAUACGUGUAUAAAAUAAUACGAGCUAAGGUGAUAGAAGACCUACGACUGCCACAUUACUAAGAAUUUGGAUAUUUUUCUGUGGAAAUCCACGAAUGAAAAGAAUGAGAAGUUGGACUAAUUUAAUUAAUAUCCAAUAAUUGAUUAAAACUUACACUAUUUUAAUAAAAAAAUAUUAGUCCCAUGUUGCAAUCUCCAUUGUUGAUUGUCUCCUUAUAAUCCAACAUGUGACCCUCCAUUGUCUACCGUUCACACCCUUUGGCUAACUCGAAAAAUUUGGGACAUUAAUUGCAUUCUUUUAUUUUAAAAUGAAAUUUUGUGCAAGCAAAUUGAUUUUUGAUCAUACAUAAGGAAAAUCCUCUUAUACAUUUGUAUGUAUACUAUCUUAAGUUCAUGAUCGUUCUACUGAAUACAUCUAGUGUCUUUAUUAUGUGGGUUUCCUUUAAAGGUUUUUACAUGUCGCAUAGAUAAAUCUUCAAUACUAUCUGAAUUUCAAACUUUCAAACCAAUAGCGUUUGUUUGAGACACUGGAUUAUAAGAAAAUGUAUAAUGUUCAUCACAUAUUACAAAUUUCUAAACGAAAUAAGUAAAGAUGGACAUGGUAGACCAAAAAACAAAUUAAAAUUGUAUCAUAUUAUAUGUGUUUGUAAAUGAUCAUUGAGUGAACCUACAAAAUAAGUCGGCCCAAGGAAAAAGACCUAUUCUCUUUCAUCAAAAUGUCACUAUUAUAAAAUCCACCCAGAGGCACCAAACACUUCUCCAUCAUCAUUGCAUUUCUUUUUCUUUUCCCCAACCACUAUUUCCUAGUUCGCUCGUGCACAUCUCUGACGAUCCCAAUUCUAAAAUCAUAACUUCUUCCAAUCUUUUCAACAUCUUAAGAAACUACAAAAACGAUACAGAAAAUAACAAAACAAGAGACUCCUUCUUUCUUUUCCUUUGUACAAGAUAACAUAAAUUCAUCACUGUUUUGUUUGUUUAGCCGAUGGCAACUUCCGGUAACGGUACAACGGCAGGGACAGGUUCACCGUGUGGUGCGUGCAAGUUCCUGAGGAGGAAGUGUGCAUCGGAUUGUAUAUUCGCACCUUACUUCUCAUCGGAGCAAGGAGCAGCAAGAUUCGCAGCUAUUCACAAGGUGUUUGGAGCCAGCAACGUGUCUAAGCUCUUGCUCAAUGUCCCAAUCCAUGAUCGAUGUGAAGCUGUUGUCACCAUCGCCUACGAAGCUCAGGCUCGUCUUCAUGAUCCUGUUUAUGGCUGUGUCUCUCACAUUUUUGCCCUCCAACAACAGGUUGCUUACUUGCAAGCACAAGUCAUGCAAAUGAAGGCACAAAUCGCCGGCCAUCAGACGUCAGCUGCCGGAGAUCUAAGAAACAGCUCAGGAAAUACUCACGAAUUCACGACUUGGCAACAAUCUAGUGGCUCUCCGAUCUGCUGUGCGUACGCGACACCAUAUGACCAUCAUCAUCCUUACUACGGUCACGUAAACCCUAAUAAUCAGGUCUCGCCACAGAGCUCGCUAGAAGAAUCUUUAAGCAGCACGAGCAGUAACGUCACUACUACAGCUAACGUGCGAGAGUCUCAUCAAACCGGAGGUGGCGUAUACGGUCACGGUGGGUUAGGGUUUCACGAAGGAUAUCCUAACAAAAAGAGAUCAGUUAAUUAUUGUAAUAGCGAUUUAGGUGAGCUUCAGGCUUUGGCUCUUAGAAUGAUGAAGAAUUAAGAUAAGAUGGUGACUACUUAUGCGCAGAAAAAAAUGAGAUGUUUUUCCAAUUUUGACAACAAACAACAAAUCAUAGCAAUACAUUUGGAUGUUACAUGCUAUCAUCAAUAAACAUGUUUGCAUGC